AUGAUGCUGAGCCCAGACCAGACAGUGGACUCGGACCACCCGUCGUCAGCGCCGUCGGACCCGGAGUCUCUGGAGGCCAAGGGGCUGCGGAGCUGCUGCGCCUCGGACUUGGAGGCGCCGAACGGCGAGGGCGCAGGAGGAGGUCGCUCAGCGGCCCAUCCGCCGCAGCCGCUGAGCCGUGAGGAGAAGCGGCGGCGCCGUCGGGCCACGGCCAAGUAUCGGUCGGCCCACGCCACGCGGGAGCGCAUCCGCGUGGAGGCCUUCAACUUGGCCUUUGCCGAGCUGCGCAAGCUGCUGCCCACACUACCCCCGGACAAGAAGCUCUCCAAGAUUGAGAUCCUGCGUCUGGCCAUCUGCUACAUUUCCUAUCUCAACCAUGUCCUCGACGUGUAGGGCAGGCACCCGGGGACCAGGGCCCGCGGGGAAGGUCGGUAGGCAAGGUGGACCUCGGGCAGCUGGACACGAUGGACAGGCCGCCGGGUCCCUCCGGAGCUGCCUCCGCCGGGGCUGGAUCUUGCAGGCGGCGCUCCUUCCCCUGUUUAAGCCCACAGAGGAUCCCUCUCCCUGUGGGGUGGGCGGUCUUGGCCUGUCCCUUCCUUCACCUCCCCUCCCCCCUCAAAGUUUCCCCGCGGUAGGGUCCCCUUUCAGCAGUUUCGAGAACCCGGCGGAAGCUUGGCGGGAGAUCCCUUGGCUUUAAGCUCGUGCCUUAAAGGGCUUUCCUGAAUCGGGCCCGAAAAGAGAAACUUGAAAUGGAAGAGUUUUCCCUCCGGGGGUCUGGAUGGAGAGUUGGCUUGCCCCCGGGCCGCCCAAAACAGGAGCACAUCUUGUGUAGAAGGUGGGGUUCUUUUCUUUUCUUACAAGCAAACCCAUUGAUAAUACAGACGGUCAAGUGCCCCUUUCUCUGUAUCCAAAAAUAAUAACGAUCUCAUUUACUUGUGACCUUAAAUGAUCCAGGAGUGCUGUUAAAAAUAAUUUAUUUUUUAAUUUAAGUUAGCAAAAGUAGACUAUUUUUCCCCAAGACUAUUUUUUAAUUUCUGAGGGUGGUUAAGAUUUUGCGUUGAAGACUUUGUGCCAACUGGUUUUCUAUAGUCAAGUGUUUACAUUUUCUUCUGUGGAAUAAAUGUCUGACUCUGGAAGUGUUCACUGGAAACCAAAUUGUGGUUUUCAUUUUGCUCUGGUUUUAUUGAACCAAUGCCCUCUUUUUAAAUGUAUUUUAUAUAUUUGGAUUUGUCCUUGAUAACUUUUUAUUUAUUUUGUGUGUGUGGAAUCAAAAUGCUAGCAGUUCACUUGAAGGUUUUAUUUUCAAAUAGAAAUUAAAACGUGUGUUGUUAUUCUGAUCUGUAAUUCUGUCUAAAGAAGUAUUUUGGAAAUAACUGAUAAGGGAAUAGUUUUGCUUGUCUGUCUUUGUGUAUGCAUGUGUGCGUGUGUGUGUGUGUGUGUAUUACAAAUUUUGUUUUCCAUAUUAAGGAAGAACAGGGGUACUUUUUUUUAUGACAACCAAAAAAUUUACAAGCAGAAAAUGUUUUAUGCUGUUUUGCUGUGAAUCUCUUAAAACAAGAAGUAUGUCUGGGGGUGGGGGAAAGAACAUAUCUAUUAUCCAAAGAUUUUAGUCUUUUUCAGGGUUUUAUGGUGUGUGUGUGUGUAUGUGUGCGUGUGUGCGUGUGUAUGUUGCUUUGUAUAAGGCAAUAUUUUGUAGUGCAAAUAGAGAAAUCUGGUUUUUAUCAGAAACAUUUUUCAUAUCUCUCAUGGAUG